AUGACCCAAAACCUCGGACGCCGUAGCAGAGGCACCGAAGAAACCGCCGAGUCAUCGAAACGUCAACGCAGAAAGUUCACAGCAUGUCGACGAUGUCACGAACAUAAGAUCAAAUGUUCCGGAGGCGAGCCGUGUAGUAAAUGUGUGCUGGUUGGUCGUGGCGAGGAAUGUCACUACGAGCCUCGAGAUCGGCAGGUGAAGGUCAGUGAGAGUUACCUGGAACGCAUCCUAUCAGAAAACCAGCGCCUAAAAGAGCGUUCGGGGACUUCGGCAAACUCCACCGAACCACCCCGGCCACCUGCAACAGCAACGACAGCAACAGGCUCAACGGAAGAACCAAACGAGCCAAAUACAAGUAGCAGUGCUCAAAAUCCUUUAAUCGGAGAUCGUGCCUGGUUCCACCCCUACGACCCGUCAGCACCACCAAUCUUCAUCGGCGAAGCAGCCUGCACGGCGUUUGCGACUCGUUUCCGUCGCUUUCUAACGGGAAGCAAUGCGACUGCACAUAUCCCACGCACGCAGUAUGUCAAAGAAGCCAACAUCGCCGCGGCGAAUGAAGUCAACGUGCAGUGGCCGAGUCCACAACAGGCGCGACUGCUGGUGAAGAUUGCGUUGCAUCAGAUUGGACAUAUCUACCAUCUGGUGCUGCGCAAGUCGACGCUGGAGAAGCUCGAGGAGAUCUAUCAAACGGGGCAUUUUGGGUGUACGGUUAACCAGUGCAAGUAUUUUGCACUAUUUGCGUUUGGAGAGGCGUAUUCGUUGAGGACGGAGCCGUCGUCGGGAUGUAGGGUGCCGGGGACGUCGUAUUUUGCACGUGCCCUGAGUUUGGUGCAGGUGUUGCCGGAGAGGACGAGCAUCACACAUCUGGAGACCCUGCUCCUACUGUCAUUAUUCUCCUACUACCUUAACCGCCGCCACUCAGCUUACGUACUAAUCGGCAGCGCAAUGCGUCUAAGCCUUUGCAUAGGCCUGAACCACAACAUUCCCGAAUCUCAAGUAAUUGACCCAGUCGAACGCCAGCACCGGGUCCGAAUCUGGUGGACAAUCUAUAUCUUCGACCGGAUGUGGGGAUCCAAAAUGGGCCUACCAUCACAGAUUCUCGACGAUGACAUCCACCUCGACAUGCCGUCGAACAUUGAACCACAACAGCUGCACGAGGAGCAAUUCUCCGACACGGACUAUUUGACGGCGAAUGUGAAGUUGGCAAAGAUUGUUGGGGAGACGAUUUCGAAACUGUACAGUCGAAGAAAGUACACGGAGACGUUUUUGCAAAGAGUGCAGAAGCUACUGAAGGCAUUGAAGAAUUGGGUCGAGACAUUGCCAGAUCACAUAAGACUGAACCAAGAAGACCCAGAGGCAAACAAAAAGCCCAUCACCUCCCUACACCUCGCAUUCAACCAGUGCGUAAUCCUAACAACCCGCCCAACCCUCCUGCACCUCCUCAUCAAACUCAGUGAGAACGAACCCCCCUCCCCCUCCCCAAUCCCCCAACCCGUCCUCACCCUCUCCGAAGCCUGCAUCCACGCAGCCCGCCACUCCCACUCCCUGAUCCUCACAAAAUACUUCAACGGCACCCUUCCUGUCUUCGGCUACUUCCACGCGCACUACCUCUUUUCCUCUGCGCUCGCACUCGCCAUGUCCUCUUUCGUACCAGUCGGUAAUCCAAGCGACAUGGGCGGUUUUGAGACGGCGCUGGAAAUAUUAAGGUCGAUGAGCGAGAACGGGAAUCUCGCGGCGGCGGACUUUUGGCAGAACCUCGAGCAGGUCAAGUUUUGUCUUGAGGGGUAUUGGGGGGAGAGGGAGAGGAGGAGACGGGGUGGGGCCCGGGGGAUGGGGAAUGCGAAUGCGAUGGCGGCGAUUGGGCCGGGAGAUGUGUCGGCUGCGUCGGUGCAGUCGCCGGGGGACGGGUCUAUGGGUGCUUCUUCGAGUGCAAUGCAGUCGAGUGUUGGGACUGUGCAGAGUAACGCCGAGACCGUGGUAAACACUCCUUAUCCACCUAUCCACAAUGGUAAUGGAGUACCCCUUCACGACGCCUCCGGCGGGUUCACGACGGCAAUGGCCUUUCUCGAACCGACGAUGCAAGACUUCCUUGCGCAGUCUGAUUUCGAUCUCGGCUUGUUAAACCCCGUGGAUACAUUUCUGAACGACGCGGAGAGUCUAUACACAUGCCAUGGAUUAUAA